AUGAAAGCCUGCAAGGUUCUCCUCCCGUUCACUCUCCUAGGCACUGCCCUGGGAGUCGAUAUGGCCAAGUACCAGGCUGGGUCAGGCGUCGACGCCUCUUUCGAGCCGUUCCUUGAGUCUUUGUACGCUUUCGCCGAAGACCACACCUCCACCGACACGUUCACGGACUUUUUCGUCCCGGACACGGGCCGUCUGAUUGUGCUCGAGAACACAGCGGAGGGACCGGACGCGAUUGUCAAGCUCAAGCAGGCUCUGCUCCCCACAACAGGCGAGAAGCAGUGGAACCAUCUGCCGAACGCUACGACGGUGCACUCGGAGACUUCUACCGAGAAGAUCUACAAUGUGCUCGGUGUUAUCCAAUCGCGAUUCACCGGUGGCAACUGCUCGGUUGCAUACUACUCUAGCCGCUUCACCGUGCUCAAAGACAGCGACGGAAAGGUCCGCAACGAGGCUCACAGCGGCUCGCUUGUGUUGUACGAUGACUACGUCGUCGACCCGCCUCAUUCGCCGACGAACAUUCCCUGCUAA